AUGAGUCAGGAUAGGGGCAAGCGGCAGGUUUUGGAUGCUACAGUGCGUGAUGACAACCCGUAUAGCCGGCUCAUGGCACUUCAGCGGAUGGGUGUUGUGGAGAAUUACGAGGCCAUCCGCCAAAAAUCCGUUGCAAUAAUCGGCGCUGGGGGUGUUGGCAGUGUCGUAGCAGAGAUGCUCACGCGUUGUGGUAUUGCGAAAAUCCUUUUGUUUGACUACGAUAAAGUGGAGCUCGCCAAUAUGAACCGGCUCUUUUACAGGCCCGAGCAGCAGGGGAUGUCAAAGGUGGCGGCGGCAAAACAAACACUGGAAGGAAUCAACCCAGACACCGAAAUUGUGCCUUUCGACUUCAGUAUUACAGCAGCGGAACACUGGCAGGACUUCGCUGAUGCGUUAACAAAGAACGGUGGUGUAAAGCCCAGCACUCCGGUAGAUUUACUGCUGUGUUGUGUUGAUAACUUCCAAGCCCGCCUAACGGUCAAUUACGCUUGUUUACUGUUCAACAUUCCGUGGAUGGAAAGCGGUGUUGCAGAAAAUGCGGUGAGUGGUCACAUCCAGCUACUCCUUCCCGGUGUGACACCCUGCUACGAGUGCUGUCCACCCCUUGUCGUGGCGACAGGAAUGCCAGAGGCCAAGCGUGAGGGCGUUUGCGCUGCGUCUCUUCCAACCACGAUGGGCAUCGUAGCGGGGUUUCUCGCACAGAACGCCCUAAAGUACCUGCUGAAUUUUGGAACUGUUAGUGAAUACAUUGGAUAUGACGCAGUGAGAGAUUAUUUCCCCUCUGUUACAAUUAAAGCGAAUCCCGACUGCCGCAACGCCACCUGCGUUGAGAAGCAGCGGGAGUACGCGGAACGGAAGGCGAGGUUGGGUGACGCAGCCCAUCCCCUACACAACGCUGCCAAACAUCGCACCGAGCGGGAGGCGAAGGAACGCGAGGCGGCAAAAGCAAGGGCAGCAGCAUCAGCGAAAGAGUGGGGAAUAGUAGUUGAAGAACACGGGAAAGAUGAUCUUUCCGUAAACACAAAGGGAGACACAGGUGGUGUGGAAUACGCGUAUGGCGCCGGCGGUAAAGCGGAGGGGAAUGCCCCAAGGGAAGACGAGUUUGUUGCCGCGGAUAGCGGGGAGUCGCUGGAGGCACUUAUGGCCAAAAUGAGAGCCAUGUAG